AUGCACUCAUUCAUUAUGUUUAUCGCUACCCUACUAGCGUUCGUCGAUUCUGGUCUAUCUAUUACCCUGCACCACGACUUGAACAUUCUAAACGCUGGCAAUGUUAACUUCGACUACGUGAUUGUUGGCGGUGAUACGGCAGGUCUGACGAUUGCUGCUCGACCGGCAGACUGGAGGUUCCAGGUAGCUGUGUACGAGGUCAAACAUCCGGCUGCGCGCGUCCUGGGCUCUUGCAGUCUCGGAGCGGGUGCAGAGUUCCGUAUUACAACCCCCAAUCGACUGCGGCUUUGUGGAUCAUUGAGUACCUGGUGCGAAUUCCCGAGAUAUUCACUACCCAAGAGGCAAGUGUCUAGGUGGAUCGUCUGCAUCAAACUUAAUGAUAUAUCAGAGGUCAGUCUCCUAGUCCAAACUUGUACGCAGUACUGA